CCAGCUAACGGAUCUCUAGCAUUCGAUCCCGCAUCGUGACGUAGCCUUGAGGUAACAUCCGUUACCCUGGCAACACAGCUGAACAUCUGAAGCAAUAUUGCUUCAGCCUCUGGCCCUUCAAUGGUUGAUCCUCCAAGUUGCACAAAAGAAAGUGGAGUGAAAUGAAAUGAUGAACAUGGACAUUAUCAAAUGCAAGCGACAUAUUAACAAAUCUUAGCCUUGUCAAUUAUCCACGUAUAUAAAUAUCCUGUAACUGAUUUAAUUACUACCCAACCAAAGAAAGUGAGGCCCCCCAUACUUGUGAUUUUGCAUCACUGCCACCAGAGGGCGAUGAGCAAUCAGCCAUGAAGGACCUUGCACUGGAGUGUCAGGAUAAUCCAGGCAUCUUGACCAGUGUUACGUGAGUAAAUCUGACCUUGACCCCGGGUCGGUCCAUUGAGCUUUUCUGCUGGCUGGACGCCUAAAGCUUGCCGUGUUAUAAAACGGGAUCUAUCCCUGACAUGUCGGACUAUAUGAACCUAAUUUCGGUCCUGUUUCAGUUGUUUCUUAUUCGUUUGUAAAUUGUGCAGAGCAUUUUGUCAUCUAUAUCAUAUCUACACUACCAGUCAAAAGUUUUUAUAAAAUUUUCUAUGUGCAUGUUACUUAACAUUGACUAAAAAUACACGCAAUAUUCUUUGCUAAACAUGAAUUUUACAGUUUAUUCACCAUUUGAGUACCUUUGUUAGCAAAAAAAGAAAAUGUCUUUGAUUCAUCAAAGUAACCUCCUAUAGCAGCAGAGCAAUUCAAGGCAUUCUAUCUACAAGGGACAUUAAAUACUGCUCUGUUUCAUGGGAUGAAAUAAUUAACUAGUGCAUUUAAAAUUAAAGGGCAGCCUAGAAUCUGACUCCGCCAUCACCACACAACCAGUUAAUAGGAUGUCAGACAUGCACUGUUACGUACUCUUUCCAUGUUAUAAAGGAAACUUGUUUUAUUUGACUUAUACUUUCAUUUAUUGUUAUGCAGGCGACUUUCCAGUGUUUAACAAGAUCUUAAACAUCUGUAGCUUAUGGAAUAAGAAAGUGGUAAAAACCUGUGGUGUGAAAAAACGUUUGACUGGUCGUGUGUAUCUGGGUGUCUUGGCCAUCGGGCUGCCGGGAGGAGGCAUUCGGAGGGCCUGUUGGUGCUGGAGGGCCUGUUGGUGCUGGAGGGCCUGUUGGUGCUGGAGGGCCUGUUGGUGCUGGAGGGCCUGUUGGUGCUUGAGAACUGCCUGUCCAUCCUCAGCGGCUCUGUCCUGUCAUCCCUCUGUGCGCCUUAGUCUCUCUGGUGCUUGGAAAACAAUGACAUGGGGGGGAGCCUGAAUCUGUCAGGGUUCGUGGGCCCUCCCCACCCAAAGCAGUGACCUGCUGAAUCAGCGUGUGCCUUUGAGCACUCUGAGCAUAAGAACACACUCGUGUGGCUUUGGGCGACAGCUUGGUUCCUGUCCCUUCCAGAGGCUUCCAGUGUCGUCCUGUUGAUAGAUUAACUGGCACAGAUUUUUUCUGGGGUUUCUUGACAAGCUGGGGGUGGGGCCAUGAUUCUAAUCCUAUUAUCUCAGCCUGUUUGUAAUCCCACCAAAACCACUAAAGGCUACGCACCCGUCACUGGGGACAGACGCAGCCAGGUGUGGGCAUGGAGCAGACCCUGAUGCUUGGCGUGAAGAAGACCAUCCUGCACGGGGGAUCCUCAGAACUACCUCGAUUUGUCACCGGCACAAAGGUGACCUUCCACUUCCGCACGCAGCUGUGUGACGAUGAGCGCACUGUGCUGGAUGACAGCAGGAAGGUGGGAGUACCCAUGGAAAUAGUGAUGGGGAACAUGUUUAAGAUGGAGAUCUGGGAGACGCUACUCGGCUCCAUGCGGGUCGGGGAGGUGGCCGAGUUCUGGUGCGACGUCAUCCACACGGGACUGUACCCCAUCGUGGCUAAGAGCCUGAGACGCAUCGCAGAGGGGAAGGACCCUGUGGACUGGCAUAUCCACACCUGCGGCAUGGCCAACGUCUUCGCCUACCACACGCUGGGCUACGCCGACCUGGACCAGCUGCAGAAGGAGCCGAAGCCGCUCUGCUUUAUGCUGGAGCUGCUGAAGGUGGAGCAGCCAAGCGAGUACCAGCGCGAGUCGUGGGCGCUGAGCGAUGAGGAGCGGCUGAAGGCCGUGCCGCUGCUCCACGGCCAGGGGAACAUGCUCUACAAGCAGGGCCGCUACCAGGAGGCCACGCUCAAGUACAAGGAAGCCCUCAUUUGCAUCAAGAACGUCCAGACCAAGCAAAAAGCAUGGGAGGCCCCCUGGCUGAAGAUGGAGAAGAUGGCCCACACCCUGACCCUCAACUACUGCCAAUGUCUGCUCCGCAUGGAGGAGUACUACGAGGUCAUCGAGCACAGCAGUGACAUCAUCAGCCAGCACCCAGGGGUCACUAAGGCUUACUUCCUGCGUGCCAAGGCUCACGUCCAGGUGUGGGACGAGGACGAGGCCAGGCAGGACUUCCAGAAGGUGCUGGAGCUGGACCCCGGCAUGAAGAAGACGGUGAAGAUGGAGAUGGCGGUGCUGAACAUGCGGAUGGAGGAGAAGCAGGAGGAAGACAGGCUGAAGUACAGGGGCAUGUUCUGAAGCAGGGUGGUGCAGGUCCAGCCGGGUCGGUCAGCAGGCAGUUACUCAGCUUAGACUGCCGGUGUAGCGGGAAAAGUCCAUAUUGUGGCACCCACAUGCCGUGCUGGAGCCCUGACAUAUCUGAUCUGGGGGUGGUUCCCCAGAGAUGCUGCACACCCUAGCUGAAAGGUCACGAAAGCUAUAGCCAAUAUUUUGUUGUGUAGAAUUUCCACAUUUCUGCUCAUGUGGAUGAGGGACGCACGUCUAACUGCAAAUAAAACUCGGCCACUGCCA